AUGUCUGAGAAAUACGAACAUCGCCAUACCAAAAACAUCGAGCUAGAGCAUGACUACCACACUCUGAAGCGUAACUGGGAGAGGACUCAGGCCCAGGGCUCCCAACAUGACUUUACCCAGGAUGUUGAGCAUACCCAGCCAAACCAGCCUGUGCACUCCCGCCAUAAUGCCCCAGUCCAGUCUAGGCUCAGCAAGGGUAAAGGCCCCCUCCAUCCGGAGAUGACCAAGUCACGGCUCCUCCAUAUCUCCCCACCGAAGGACCGGCCCCAUGAACCUGUCAAGAUCUAUAGAGAUUGUAGGGACCGUCUCUUGGACCAUCAGACAGACCCUAUCCCUAUUCCUGUUAAUCUCAAGAACCCAACGGUGGCAUACCUGGGCCUCCCACCGAAGCCAACCCACCUACCUACUGGAGAAGGUGCAGGGGACUCGGAUAACUGGGAACAUUACCAUCCAGAUGACUGGGAAUCGUAUCACACUAAGGCAUUCAAAGAGUGGGAACCUUCCCCAGCCCCUGCUCAUCCACACCCCAGGCCUUCAGCACCUGAGACCCUCUCUCAUGCCGACUCACCCAUGAGGCUUCUAUUUGAGAAGGUCCAGUGCCUGGAGAAUGAGCAUCAACGCAGCCACCAGCCCCUCUAG